AUGGGGUUAAAGUUCUCCAGACAUGGGCUGCCUAGGACUGGAGACCCGGGCUUAGUCCAUGUCCACAAUAAACUGAUCAAUUUUCUCUCCACAAGUUUCUACAUACGUAACCUGGUAUCAAAGCAGAGGAGGAGAAUGAUAGUUGGCGGUUAUGAUCUCGAUAUGACUUACAUAACAGAUAGGAUACUGGCAAUGUCGUUUCCUGCUGAACGCAUGCGAUCUGUGUACCGAAAUCCUUUAUGGCAGGUUAAGUCUGUGCUGGAUAUGAGACAUCCGGAGCAUUACAAGGUCUAUAACCUAUGCAUUGAAGAAGCUUAUGAUCCAUCACACUUUCAUGGUCGUGUGGAGAGAUUUCCAUUUGAUGACAACCAUGUCCCACCUCUCCCAAUGAUCAAGGAAUUCUGUGAAGAUGUAUAUUCGUGGCUAUCAAGUGACCCCAGAAAUGUUGCAGUCAUACACUGCAUGGCAGGAAAAGGCCGAACAGGCUUAAUGGUUUCUUCAUAUUUGGUUUACAUGGGCAUGUCAGCAGAGAAGGCUCUGCAGGUGUAUGGAGAGAAGCGAACCACGAACAAUGAAGGAGUCUCUAUACCAAGCCAGCGUCGCUACGUCAACUACUGGGAGAAACUACUUUCUUUUCCGAAGAGUCUUCAACACGGCCCUCCUGACGUGAACUUGCCCAAGCCAGUGACAAGAGAACUUAUAAGAAUUCGACUGUAUGACAUGCAACAUGUCGAUUCUGUAUUCUGCGUGGUCUCUGAGCUGCAAAAUGUUCAUGGUGAGCGGUAUUAUCGCCCUGUAGAAGUUUCCAAGAGUUGCUGCAGAAAGAUCAAGGAUGGAUUUCAGCGAACAAACAGGCCACGAUAUUAUUACUCCUUUGUUGACAAAGAUAACGAGGAAACAGAUGCAGACAAGCGGGAAGCUCAUUUGGUAGCACAAAUGGACACAGAAUGUUCAAUUCUCUAUAGGAAAACCUGUCUUGGCUGCUAUUAUGAUAAUCCAGUACGAGUCACUGGAGAUGUUCGCAUAAUAUUCUAUGAGAAGCUGAUUGGGGGGCGUCUCUUCUAUUGUUGCUUCAAUACAGCGUUCAUCAAAAGCAGUCUACUCCAGUUUACUUUGUCGGAUUUGGACAAGGUUGGGAAGAAAGGUAGGUCAAUAAGCGGCCCUGCGUUCUGCUUGGAGUUGUUCUUCGGUCCUGCAAAUGUCAGCUGCUGCUGCAUUCCUGGGUCAAAUGAUGCUGAUCUCUGUGAUUAUUAUUAA